AUGGAAGGUCAUUUCACGACAACCAGCCAUGCCAUUGGGAGAGUUCGCCGCACCACUUGCAAUUUCGAGCAUGAGAAAGGAAUUCGAGCUACGGGCCAAACGUCAUAUCAGGUACACAAAGGCGCAGUUCCCAUCAGCCAGGGUAGCCUCAGGCAUGCCUUUGGGUCCUUUUCAUUCGAGCCCCGCUUCAAUGUUUUUCCGCCUAGUUGCCGGGGUUUCCAGUCGGUCCCAGCGUCAUGCUCUACUUCCAGAUCGGCAUCUGUAUCAAGCUCCCGAGCAUCAAGCGGUCAGAACACCCCAUCAAUAUCUCGUCAGCAGUCCUUUACCUUUACCCCCCCUUCUUGGCAGGAUGCUUCGUUUGUGGCUUGGAACCCCCGACAAGCAAUACCCCGGCUGGAACGCUCCAUAUCGACUCCGAAGCUGCCUCACCAACGAAUUCUGGAGGAAGCUGAUUAUUAUAGGAGAGACAUGGGCUCCGGGGUAAGGUAUCCGGCAGCCGCUCCGUCCCCUGUGGCCGAGAUGUCCGAGACCGCAAUGCCUGUGCGCAGGGAACCUUGCAUUGUUGGCUGGGAUGAAGUUGAGUACUCAAAGGCAACAACAUUUUCCUCAGGAAGAAAAGUCUACAGCUGCACCUACUGCAACACUCCACUGAGGCGGGUGAAAAAUUACAUUAUGACUUGGACAAAAAUCCUGUUUUGCCAGGACUGCAAGAGCUUGCCACAGUGCAACGCAUGCAACAAAAAGGCAGUGCCGUUCAUCUACACAGAUGCCAACGGUCUUCGAAGAAGGGUUGAGCCACUCUGCAACUUUGGAGGCCUCAACAUCUGCGGUCAGUGCGCCCUCAUAAAUCCUGUUACCGAGCGUUCAGUAGUACUCGAUCUAGUCAAACGGGCACGGGACCUCUUGCAAAAGCUUUUUGCAGUCAAAUUUACUGAGCAGUUGCUCGAUGCCCACACAAAGCCGGAAGUAAUAAUGUGUUUAGAAACAAUGCGCCUGGCAGGGGACUCGAACGGCCCCUACACGAUGAGAGUGGAUUCAGAGAUUUCCAAGAGAGAGCCAAGCGUCCUCCGGAAGACAAGUUCUGGGGAAGUCGCAGAACUGCCAUUUGACAUUGGCCCUGUGUGGCACAUACAGCUGUCCCAAGAUGGGAACCAAAAUGUAUACGGUCGGUGCGAAAGCAGGGCUUUAACAUUUCCUCCUCUCCUGGACGCCCUAAGAGCAGAUGAAAAUGCCGGCAAAUCUCCGCGAACAUAUCGCGUUGUGCAACGAAUCAUGCUUUCUCGGGGUAUGCCAGAAGGACUUAUAUAUGGGCACUUGAUCCACGAACUGCUCCAUGCAUUUAUCUGGCUCUUCCUGGACAGUAACUCUGUUAUGGUCGACCUUGCAGCGGAAGAAGGCCUGUGCAACUGCAUUCUGGCGGCCGCUAUUCAACAACGCGUAGAAGCGCUUCAGGCACGCAGAGAAGCGGUUCGCAAUGCCCUACUUCGUAUCGGAGUGAAGCCAAAGACUAAUCCCGGAGAAAAGGAAGUGAAAGGAAUUCCACAAACUGCAGAGUUCCUUAAAGCCCUCGUCGAAAGGGAGGCCUAUAGUGUCUUGGCUAAGGAGGAACAGACUAACACGGAGCUUCUUGGGGGAGCUCAGCAGACUGGCUUCUGCCUAGAAUAUCAGCUUUACGUGACGGAAUAUGAAUUAAAAGUACUGAACAGGAGGCUUGGUGAGAUGGAAAAGGAUUCAGAUGCAGCCUACGGAGUCGGCUAUCGGACUAUCCGCGAACUAGCCAUGAGUUUGACAGUUGUUCGGCUCAUUGAAAUCUUGGGGCGGCACGGUGAGAAGCUGAGCUCUGUUGUGCGCGCUGCAGCGGCAGUCUAG